AUGGCGUCGAAUAGCAACAAUAGCAACAGCAACAACAACACCACCACCAAUACGACUUCCACCACCACCAACAACAACAACAACUACAACACCAACAAUAAUCACAACAGCAACACAUCUACCACCAGAACCACUGACAACAACACGAACAGCAACACUAACAACAACAUUUACAACAACAACAACAGCAACAACAACAGCAACAACAACAACAUCAACAACAACAGCCACAACAACAGCAACAACAAUAACAACAACCACAGCAAUAUUUUGAUCAACCGACGCCGCCGCCAUAGACAGAACAUUAUUGACUAUAUGGAACGCAUGGAGAUGCCGAUGAUGUUGCCGUUGACGAUGCCGACACCGAUGCCGAUGCCGAUGCCAAUGACGAUGCCAAUGACGAUGAUAACCCCGAUGCGCAGCCAUAUGGAGCGGUAUGCGCGACAGCCGAUGCUGCGGGCCAGAAGACAGCUGGGCGGCUGGGGGGCGAUGGGCAAUGAGGGCCAGGCUGGAGAUGUUGGUAAUAUUGGCGAUAAUAAUCAUGUUGUGGGCAUACCCACCGUCGCGCCCGCUAACCACAUGGCCCACAUGGGCGGCGGCGAUGCAGAGAUCAUAUUUGAGGCGCCGUUGGCGCCGCAGCAUCGCGGCGCCGGCGAUGGCGUGCAGGGGGAGGCGGCCCAGCCGCAGCCGCAGCGAGUGAUCCAGCCGCCAAGACGGGAGACACUGGAGCAGCGUCGCGAGCGCAGCGUGCAACAAAUACUGCGCCUGUGCGACUUCAUACAGCAGCAGCUGGCGACUAUUGCCGCCCAGAUCGAUGCCUACGAGAGAAAACUGGCCCAGCACAAUGCCCAGUCACCGUCGCCCCCGGAGCCCGACGGCGAUGUCAUAUAG